CAAAAUGACACCUUACCGACACUACCAUGAACGCAAAAGCCAUGAGCAUUCGCACCACCCAAAGCCUUCUUCUUCUUUCCAUGAUCCUACUCCUCUUCAGCACUGCAACUUAUGCUCAACUUCGUCGUGAUUAUUACCGGCAUUCAUGCCCCAAUGUGGAAGCAAUCGUCCGCUCGGCAGUGAAGAAGAAAUUCCACCAGACAUUCGUGACAGCUCCGGCCACUCUCAGGCUCUUCUUCCACGACUGUUUCGUCCAGGGUUGUGAUGCUUCGGUCAUACUGGCUUCUAGAAAUCACGGAUCGGAGAAGGACAGCCCGGAUAAUCUUUCACUAGCUGGGGAUGGGUUUGACACGGUGAUUAAAGCCAAAGCUGCUGUUGAUAGUGUCCCCACCUGCAGGAAUAAGGUUUCUUGUGCUGACAUCUUGGCCAUGGCCACCAGGGAUGUCGUUGCUUUGGCAGGGGGACCAUUCUAUGCUGUCGAAUUGGGAAGACUUGAUGGGAGGACCUCCACCAAGGCUUCCGUCGGACACCACCUCCCUGGUCCUGAUUUUAAUUUGGAUCAGCUCUCUGCCUUGUUUGCCAAACAUGGCCUUACCCUAACAAAUCUAGUCGCACUAUCAGGAGCACAUACUCUGGGGUUCGCACACUGCGGCCGAUUCUCCGAUCGGAUUUACAAGUUCAGAAGCAAGAACAAAAUAGAUCCAACGCUUAACCCGGUAUACGCAAAGGAUCUCCAACAACAGUGCCCGAGAAAGGUGGACCCGAGAAUUGCGAUUAACAUGGACCCAACCACGCCUCGAACAUUUGACAACGUGUACUACAAGAAUCUUCAGCAGGGGAAGGGGCUUUUCACCUCCGAUCAAUCUCUUUUUACAGACAAGAGAUCGAGAUACAUUGUCAACCACUUUGCUUCCGACAACACCGCCUUCAAACGGGCUUUUGUUGCUGCCAUGACUAAGCUUGGCCGGGUCGGGGUCAAGACUGGAAAACAAGGCGAAAUUAGGCACGAUUGCACAAUGGUGAACUAUUAACAAAAUAUCUACUUUUAUGUGAUUUUUAAUUAUAGCUUCUUUUUUUAAUCAUUAAGGAACCAUUAAUUUCAUGGUAAUAUGUAUAUCUUGCCACAUGGUGAAUAUGAUGUCACAAAAUAAAAAUAUGGACCGUGAAAUUGUUUUUCUCGGUUUCAAGUAAAAUAAAAAGAAUCCUAUUCCUUUCU